AUGUGUUUCUGGAACAUCGGGUCCCCCACUCCCAGCUAUCCAUGCACUCUUUGUAUCAUCAAAUCGAUAAUGUUCCCUCCGAAAAAGAAGAAGCCAUUCCCACUACUCCAUCUUCCAUUUGUUGCAUUACACAAUGUGAUAAAAAUGAUGGAUCCACAUGAGUUAGCAAAACUGUCCAUUUGUUCAUACCGAUUGGAACUACAUCUUCGAUCGUAUAAACGAAAGAUUGAACUUAUUCAUAUCCACUUGAGUAACACGUUCUAUCAACUUGACCUGUUCAAUUCAAAAGAUCGUUUUAUUGUCUGGUUCGAAGAAGAAGACGAAAAUAAGGAUUUACCGAAAUCAAUGAAUACUGUAACAAGAUUGCAGCAGUUUAGUCGAAGCUUUCAUGCAGAAUUCGAUACGGCUCUCGUCUUAUUUCAACCAUUUCCGCCUUCUCUGUGUUUCGACGUCUCUCAUCUUCUUCUGUCUCUAUAUUCAAGUCCACUUAUUGAUUGGGCUUUUUACAUGGAUCAGCUGGAAAUUGAGACCGUCCGUCGAUACUUGGAUAUAAUCCUUCAGGGGAGAUGCGAACAGAUCACAUUCUUCCGUAGCGAGAUGAGCUCUGAGUUUUUGACAGAGUUGAUGGACAAGAUACCAUUGGAUAAGAAAUUGAGAAUCGAUUCCGGUAUUCCGUCGGAUUUCAGACAUCCAAAUGCUCUUAAAUUUUACGGAUCGCAAUAUAAAAACGGGCGGUGGAUUACACUGGAAGACCUGAAAACGAUUCGAAAUGUCUUGUAUGUUUCUUUAGACUCUACUAUUUUCAAUUGUCGCGAUAUCAAUGAAUUCCUUCACUAUUGGAUAAACUGUGAUGAGAAGAUGUUUGUUCAAAUGGAAUUACAGUUGGAUGAAAGUGUCCAAAUUGAUGAAGAUGUUCUGAAAGACGGACUGAUCACAUUGCAAAUUGUUGAUGGAACUGAUGAAACGUGCCUAUAUUUAAAAGUCAAGAACCACCACAAUCUUUGCUUUGGACUGUGUCGCUUGUUAAUCUAUAAAAACAAGCUAGCCGAAUUUGUCUCUUGGGAAGUGGAUGAUCAGUUGGCAAAUAAAUUCGAAAUACUGGUCCUUCUGGAAAAGAAGAAGAAUCUGGAAUUGGAGAAUGAAGCUUCGGGGACUGCAGAGGAGAGGAAACAGGAGAUUGCAGUGGAAAUAGAGGAGUUGAUGAAUCAGCUAACGAAAAAUAACGAAUCUGGAUAUAUUUUUUGA